CCCUCGUUCUGCCUUUGGCGGCAAGGGGUGCUUGGGGAGCGGACGAGGGUAGUGCAAGCAGCCGCGGGAGCUCCCUUUUGCAAUAGAUUUUGCGCGGGAUUCUCAGCAGCCGGCAGCAUGUGAACGGAGUUUCCCGAUCAUCCACCUCGAGCUAUGUACUCCGGGAACAGCAGCCGCGGCAGCCGCCUGCAGCCCACGCCGGGGGAGCAGGACUUGGAGCGGCGACGGCCGCAGGCGGCGGGGGACUCGGGGACGCCGUUCAGCGCCAGCACCUACCACCUGUUAGCCUUCCUUAUCGCCGCUAUCGGUUUCGUGGGCUUGUGCAACAACUUGCUGGUCCUGGUGCUUUAUACCAAGUUCAAGCGGCUCCGCACGCCCACCAACCUCUUCCUGGUGAACAUCAGCCUCAGCGACCUGCUGGUGUCGUUUUUCGGCGUCAGCUUCACUUUCCUCUCCUGCCUCAGAAAUCGGUGGGCCUGGGACGAAGCCGGCUGCAUGUGGGACGGCUUCAGCAACAGCCUCUUCGGAAUUGUUUCGCUUAUGACUCUCACUGUCUUGGCCUAUGAGCGGUACAUUAGAGUAGUGCAUGCAAGAGUGAUUGAUUUCUCGUGGUCUUGGAGGGCAAUCACAUAUAUCUGGCUUUAUUCCUUAGCCUGGACAGGAGCACCUCUUCUUGGCUGGAACCACUACACCUUGGAACUUCAUGGAUUAGGUUGUUCAGUGGACUGGAGUUCAAGAGAACCCAGUGAUACUUCCUUUGUCCUCUUUUUCUUUUUUGGUUGUCUAGUGAUACCACUUGGAAUCGUGGUCUACUGCUAUGGGCAUAUUCUUCACGCAGUACGAAUGGUGAGUUGGAUAAACUAAUAGCUUGCCCCUAGACUUUUUCAGUAAGCAAAUCCAAUGUGCAUGGCUAAACACUGAUUAGAACAUGAAAAACUGCUUCUUAUUGUGAGUGCCUAUUAUUACUUAUACAGUAUACAUGUUUUCAUAAUUUGCUUUAGUUUUUCUAACAAUGUGCAACCUCAUAUAUUUUGCCUGAUAUUAAAAGUGAUAGCUGAAUUUGAUCUCUAUAUAUUUUUAUUA